AUGAAUUACAGUGAAUGCUUACAUAAGUUUGUUAAUGCGCAUUCGGAUAAUUUCUUGCAAAGCUUUUAUGCAGUCGUAGAAAGUUCACAAAUAGAAUGUCUUGAGUGCCCAAUAGAGAAAACAAGCACAGAUAACUUUUUAAUAAAGAUAUAUAUUAAUAAUAUAAUACAUAACAUUAGAACGUUAUUAUUGACAUGCAUAAGCGGGUCAGUGAGUAACCUACUUCAUAAUACGGUUAUCGACGAAAAAAAAAAAUGCUUUUACGUAAAUUGUGAUAGCGACAUUGCUACGAAUACUCUUCAUAAUACUGAGGUAAAGAAUGAGAAUAAACAUUACGUUAGAGAUGAUGAACGCAAAGAAAAUAUUAACAAAACAUUCAGUGGUGACGAGUAUUUUUUAAAUAAAUGCAAAACGAUAUACUAUAUGAGAAAAAGCUUACAAAAUGCUCAUAUAAAGACAAAUGACAACAUUAACUUGAAAAACAAUAUUUUAGAUUGUUAUAUAUAA